AUGCUUCCUACGGAUUCGACUUUGAAGGACAAGCUCACGCUCGCUCCGAGCACAGUGAUUCUGACGGCAACGUGCGUGGCUCUUACUCUUACACCGAUGACCAAGGUCGCACUCGCACUUACUCCUACACUGCUGGCAGAGGCACCGGUUUCGUGGUGGAAGGCAGUGAUCUUCCUACCGCGCCACAAGACUCCAACUCCACUCCCGCCGCCACUCGACUUUCCUCUGGAACUCCAUUCUCUCUCUCUCGCCUGGGAACUGGAUAUUCGGCCACUCCAGGGGCCUCCUCUCACAUCGCUGGCUCCUCUGCUGCUUCUCCAGCCACUCCGGGAUCACUCCAGAGCCGAAUCUGCUGAUGGAAACCUCAACGUCCAAGGACACUUUUCCUUCGUAGCAGAUGACGGAGUCACACGAAAUGUUAACUACGAAGCAGGUGCCAACCGAGGAUUCCAGGCUUCGGGAGACCACCUUCCUACUGCUCCUCAACCUCAUUCCGCCUCUAGACCCGCAGCAACUUCCUUUGCUUCUCACACUCCUUCCCUCAAGUCUGGCCCUGCCGCCUCCACCUUCUCUCGUCCUUCAAGUCACAGCUAUUCCGACUCGGGUUCAGCCUCCUCCCCCUCCAGGAUCGCCACUGGACGUCCAUUCGGAGAAGCUAACACGCGCACUCAAACGCGUCCUGAUGGCAGCUAUUCCUUCUCCUACCAGACUCCCACUCACUCCCGAGCAGAGUCUGGCGACGCAGAUAACAAUGUUGACGGCAACUUCGCCUUUGUAGCAGAUGACGGCCAAUCAAGAGCUAUCAGCUAUGAAGCUGGAUCUGAUACGGGAUUCAUUGCUGAAGGAGCUCACAUUCCCGUAGGACCUGAGGUUCCCGGGGCACCAUCCGGUCAGCCAACUGGGAGGAUUGUUCCAGUACGACAAACUCCCUUCGUCGACCCUCGCAGACACCAACGCUGAUGCCCCUA